GUCAGAAAGCUACGACGUGUCAAAAAAAUCCGGUACCCGCGAGCACACGAACGCCUCCACCAUCCCACUUUUCCGAAUCGUCCGCGCUCUAUCGCUCGACAUCCUCUCGAAGGGGAAACCAAGAAGAGGAAGAAGAAGAAGAAGAAGAAGAAGAAGAUAUGAACGAAGACCGGAUCGAUUCCUCCACCUCCACCUCUGACACCACCGCCGCCGCCGAGAAGGACCCCUCCGCGGCCCCCUCCCCGCUCCUCCGCCCCCGCCGCGAGCUCUUCGAGCACGGCCUCCUCCCCAUCUCCAAGCUCAUCUUCUCCGACGGAACCCUAACCCUAGCCUCCCUCAAGAACAAGCUUCUCCAGCGGUCCAUCCCCUCCUCCGACCGCGUCGACGCCCUGACCAUCGCCGACGCCCUGCAGAUCUCCCCCGACAUCGCCCUCCUUGUCCUCGGCACCCUCGCCGCUGUCCUCCCCUCCGAUCCCGGUUCCGCCGGCACCGCCGACGUCCACGACCUCGUUCUUUUCCUCUACAUCCAGUCGUAUAAGCGCCUCCUUCCUCGGGCGCACAAGGACUCGGCUGCCGUCGCCGAUGUCUGGCCCUCCACCUCGGCUUUCGAUGGAUACCUAUCCGCCCUCUCGCCGCUUCAGCUUGUACGCAGUAAUAGUCGUCGUUCUAUGCCUUCACAAGCGGAUGAAGAAGCUCAUCAAUUAUCAUAUUUACAGAAGCAUAUGGCCAACAUACUUACUCUAUUGGCAGAGUCCAUUGAAGGCGAGGGUGAUGAGUCUCUGGUGAUACCAUUGGAAAGGUUUGAGCACUUGGGGUUCCUCAUUCAGUUCUCUGAAGGAAUUCCAUUGAGAGAAGCUGCUCCUUUUUUUGCAAAUUCAGAUCCAGAGAUGCCCGCUGUACCUGUCCCUGCUGCUCAUGUUCAUGACUGGGUUUUGCAACACAUAGCUGUUUCGUUAGAGCAUAACGCUGAGAGGGUAUCAGCAAAAGAAAAUGGUCCACAAAAUUUCUCAGAUCUGGAUGUGCCUAUGUUUGAUGCCUCUGUAAGUCAUAUAAGGGUACAAAGCAGCAGCUCACCUACUGUGACCUCUAUGCAAAGCAGUCCUGCAUAUUCUAGAAGUCAAACUUUUGUAGAGGGUAUCUCAAAAGCUUCUGUGGUUAAACAGGAAUGUGAUAUUAAAGGACAUUCUGUAAAGGUUUUAAACUGCCAUGACUCGGUGAUAUACAUACUAGCACCAUUGAUGUAUGCUACAGUUUAUGGAUGUUCUGACACAACCAUCAUUCUUGGUGCUAUUGGUAAGGCUGUAAGAGUGGAGCAUUGUGAAAGGGUACAAGUUAUCACAGCUGCAAAACGCAUUUGUAUUGCUAAUUGUCGUGAAUGUGUGUUGUUCCUGGGGGUAAAUCAGCGACCUCUUAUUGUUGGGGAUAAUCAUAAACUACAAGUGGCACCAUUCAAUACCUAUUAUUCUCAGUUGGAGGAGCACAUUGCUCAAGUUGGUGUGGAUUUAACUGUCAACAAAUGGGAUGAACCAUUGGUGCUUGGAAUGGUUGAUCCUCAUGAUUCAUUAUCCCACCCUGCAGGGGUUUCUGAUGUCCAAGCUGGGUCUGCGACAUGCCUUGAUCCUGGUCAAUUCACUAUUUUUUUGAUUCCGAAGUGUUUAGGAGCUGAAUCUCCACAGCCCACAAAAUACAUUCCAUUUCGAUUGCCUGAAAUUUACUCAGAGUCCCAAAGGAGAAAGCAUUCAGUUCUGAGUGAUAUCCAACAAGCUCUCAGGGAUGUGCAACUCGAUGCAAAUCGGAAAAGAGACUUAGCAAUGGCGUUGCAUGUGCAUUUUAAAGACUGGUUAUAUGCUUCUGGAAACAUACGCCAGCUUUAUUGUCUGCAAGGUGAUUGAACUGAUGUGUAUUUAUUGUGGAAGGUGUAAUCCUAGGCUUCCUAGGUCUUGUAAAGUAAGACCUCAGCUCAAUACCUCUGUAGCGCAUCCGGGCCACUGUCAAAAUUUUCGUCCAUUGCAGUUGCUGGUGUAAUUGUGUAUUUAUGACUGGAUAUAUAUCUGGUUACCCAAUUCGUAGUGGGUCAACGAAAGCAACUGGAGUAUGCGUGCAUAUUGUUUUCUAACCUCGGAUUCUGUUAUUAAGAUGGGGUUUUUUGGAUACACCUUAGGGCUUGUGGGUGGUUUGUGUGAGGAUAUGGUGGUACGUAACUGGGUGGAGAUGCUGGUAGCUGCACUGGAAUCGAUUUGUUUGCUGCUGAGAAAUAAAUCAAUAAUCUAAAUCAACUUUUUUUUAUUGUGUAAUAAUGGUUUUAGCAUAAACAUUAAAAUUGGUACUGGACCCUUGGAGUUUCUUUG